CAGCUGAUAAAUUGGUCAGUUGCUAACGGUAUUCGUAAAUCUAUACAACAAAUUUAAUAUACGCUAAUAAUAAUAUAUACGCUAGCAAAAAUGUCUGAAUUUAGUUUUGAAGGUGACGUAAACAGUCUGUCUGCAAAACAACAAGAAUUUCUUCGUGAAGUACUCAAAGAUCGUGGAUAUACUGAAGGCAAAGUGGUCAUAGAAGCUGUAGGCAAAGCUGGUGAUAAUUAUGUAGCUAGUGUAAAGAGAAUUACUGUUGAAGGAAGAGACGGCAGCAUAUUCAAAAUUAUAGCUAAAAUAGCUCCGACCCAAGAGAUGAUGCGAGUUCAAAUGCAAGCAUAUUUAUUAUUCCGUAAUGAGGCCGUAAUGUAUAGUGAAGUUCUGCCACAAUUUGUAGAACUCCAAAGAGCGGAAGGUGUUCCAGUAGAAGACCAGCUGCAAUACGCAGAGUGCUAUGGUAUAUUACUAGACGAACCAGAUGAAAUUAUUCUUUUAGAAGAUCUACUAGAAUCAGAUUUCAGAAUGCUCGAUAGAUUUACAUCCCUUACGAAUCAAUGUAUCAAACUCAGUCUUAAAAAUUUGGCAAUUCUUCAUUCUUUGUCGUUGGUGACGAAAAAACAGAAUCCGGACGUGUUCGAGGGCUACUAUAAAAAACUUAUUGAUAGUUUCAAAAUUAUGAUCGACAUACCUGAAUUCAAAUCCUACCUAACAGCUAUGGAAAACGAUGCGAUUGAAAUUAUGAACAAUAGUAAAUAUAAAAAUGCUAUUCGUGGCUCCUUAUCUAACAUGUUAGAGUUAUAUGGAAAAAUUAUCAAAGGUGAUGAGAAACUAAAAUACUCAGUUAUAAUACAAGGAGAUGGUUGGACUAAUAAUAUAAUGUUUAAAUUACAGGACGAAAUCCCUGUUGAAGCCAUAAUGAUUGAUUACCAAAUGUCAAGAGUAUCUAAUCCAGUAUGUGAUAUCCUUUACAUGAUUUUCAACUGCACUGAUUAUGAAACAAGACGUGCCCAUUAUCACGAUUGGAUCGAUUACUACCAUUUGCAAUUGGAGGAGUCUUUAUCAAACUUCGGCAUAAAAGCUGACUUCAUAUUUUCGAGAGAACAACUCGAUGCUGAUUUGAAAAGAUAUUCAAAGUUAUUCUUUGGAACAUCAGUAAUGAUGAGUACUAUGUUGAUCAGAAAAUCAGAAGACGCUGCAAAGUUACAUGAUGCGAUGAAAAACUCAACAGACAUGGAGAAAGUUGUGGAAAGUUUUCAAAUGAAAGACUUAGACAACGAUUCUCUUUCAAGAUUCAGGAGGAGAAUAGAAGGAUUGGUAGAUUCCUACCGCGAUCUGGGAUACAUUGCAUGAAAUGGCAAUUGUGAGUAAUUAGUGGUGAUAUAGAGUACUAACUACAUUAUGUAACUAUAUAUAUAUGUCAAUUUACACUUUAUACAUUAUAAUGAAACAGUAUUAUUGAUAGCGAAUAAUUUAGGACAUAACAAUAUAAUACUUAUCUUAUUUACAUUUAUUGACUACAAGCCGUAUGUUAUCUUAUUUAUAUUCAAAGUACUAUACAUACAAGAACACCACUGAAUAUCUAUUGUUGUGAAACCAAAGCCGAAGUUAUUAUAUUAAUUAUUUUACUAUUUUCACUGGUCUAAAUAUUCUAAAUACGUAAAACAAACUCAAACCAUUUAUAACUCAAGAACGGAUAGAAUGAUUUUAAUGAUCUCUGAUUUGUUGGAUUCGUCUCCGCUCACAGUAGCAGAAUAAUUAUUAAUAUAUCGUAAAAAUUCAGGAUAAAAGUUAAUACGAUAUUAUUUGAUUGUUACGCGGUACGUAAUUCGCAAGGAUAGCUUGUAAAAUAUAUUUUUAGUACUACCGUAUUUGUUCAAUAUUUUUUUUUACUUUUUAUUUAUUUUUUAACGGCAAAUCUUCGACUGUUUUUAAAUGGUCAUUUUUCUACGUAACCCUAAAAGGGGCCGUACCUAUAUGUAUUUUAAGUUACACUUUAUUAGUCAGUAAUUUUAAAUGUCGAUAUUUAAAUAAACCUGUUUAUUUAAAAUGUAUUACUUCAUUUUCCUCAAAUUCAUCUUACAGUGUAUCAAAUAUUGACUAAUGUAAGUCAGUCAGGAAUAAGUUCGCUAUUGAUCACUGUAUAUUUUCUGUUACUGUAUUUAUAAUUCAUCUUAUCAGCCAUUAACUGUCCAUUGCUGAACAUAGGUUUUGCAAGUAGUUACAAAACAUGUUUAACAGGUGGGUUAACGACCGCAGUUAAAUUUUGAUGAUAUUUUAAGAGGAACGCUGCUGCUCAUCCCUCGGCCAAUAAGGUUCCUUAGUCGCCUCUUACGACACCCACGAAAAAGGAAGGUGUCACCCAUUCUAUAUCGAGACUACACGGCAAUAUUUUUAUAUAUUAUAUGAGUAUAAAAUUUAAAGAAAAUAAAAUAAACUUUUUAUACUUCAUUAUGCAAAAAUCACAAUAAAAUUAUAAAAUAACUCUAUUAAAAUAUACGUAUGUCAAUCCGGUUAUUUUUAUAUAUAUUCUUUACUGCAUUUGUUAAAAAAAAAACGAAAAGAAAUGGAUGGGUACGGACACGAAAGUUGUCUACAAGACAAUUAAAAUAUCAUACGUACUUAAAAAAACAUUAAAAAUAAAACAUAAGCGUUGAAAAUUACCUGGUUAGGUACAUAUAUAUAUAAAUAAAUACAUGAAUAUAUAUAAAUAAAUACAUGAAUAAUGGUCCGAAUUAAAAACAAGCUACAUACAUCUGCUAAACAAAUUGAAUUUUUCUAAACUCUAACAAAGUUGUUGUUAUAGUUUAGUUUCAAUGAAUAUGUUUGCGGUCAAUGACAAAUCUAUAAAGAAGUUAUCAAUUCGUGUGUAUUCGAAUGUUAUCUCAUAUCUCCUUCAUACACGAAUGAGGGUCAUCCACGUAGAACACGUUUUUAAAUUUUAUUAUGAAAUUUCUAUCAAAAUAUGAAUUAAAAAAAUUAUGGAUUUUUUAUCAAAAUAUAAUCAAAGUAAGGUCUCUUUUUAUAACAUGAAAAUGGGAUGGUAAUCCCACCUGCACUAUUGGUAUCCGCUAGCAGGGUUUCGGUAUAUGAUGACAUUAUAUAACCUAUGUUGAUGAUAAGUGAUGACGAAGUCUGCUCUUCGUGACAACUUUUACUAUUUUAUUCCGAUUAUUUAUCCAAUCUCGUAGACUAAAAUGAUUUAACACGAAUAAUUCUUAUUCACACCAUCUAUACACGUGGAUAUAGUAAGAGGUGAUUAAGGAAACUUGAUGGUCGAUGGAUGAACAGCAGCGUCUCUUCAAACAUCACUAAAGACAUUACAAUUGCCAACCUGCCUGCCAAGCAUGGCAACUACUGGUAAAACUCCUUUAUAUAUAGGGUCUAUGUUCAAAUUCAAAUUCAAAUUCAAAAAUCAUUUAUUCAUGUAGGACAUUUUAGCCGCUUAUGAACGUCAAAUUUUUACAUUAUAAUUUUAUUUUUUUCCCUACCGUCCAGUUCGGUAUAUAGAUCCAAUUGAGAAGAACUGGCAAGAAACUCAAUUGAAUUACUUUUUUUUUUUAAAGCCAGUUUAUUUACAAUGUAUAUUUAUAUAGGUGUCUAUGUCUAACAUUAAAUGAAAAUGCAGUGCAUGAACAACUAUUGCCAUGCACACUCGUCAUUCAAGUAAUCGUUUAGUGAGUAAUAGGCUUUGCUCAGUAAAUAUGAUUUAACAGAUAUUUUGAAUUUAUUUAAGGGUAAUUCCAACAUAUCCUUUGGUAUCUUAUUGUAAAUUUUUAUACCUAUUCCCAUAAAAGACCUAUUAACUUUUUCUAAACGAUACUUGGGGACAGCAAGUUUGUCUUUAAAUCUAGUAUUAAUAUUAUGAAUAUUGCUGUUUUUUGGAAAUAAGUCAAGAUUUUUAUGAACAUAUAGGAUAUUUAAAUAUAUAAAUUGAGAAGCAACGGUGAGAAUAUUUGCCUCUUUGAAUUUCUCUCUUAAUGAGUCACGACUCUUCAUACAGUAGAUCGCUCGAACGGCACGUUUUUGUAAUAUGAAUAUAUUCUUAAUAUCUGCCGCUUUUCCCCAUAGUAAUAUUCCAUAAGAGAGUAAACUAUGAAAAUAACUAAAAUAGACUAAUCUAGCAGUAUCAGUAUCAGUGUACUGUCUAACCUUACGCACGGCAAAAGCUGCUGAACUUAGUUUCGCUGCAAGGCUUUGAAUUUGUGCACCCCAUUGUGUUUUAUUAUCUAGUGUGAUUCCUAGAAAGACAGUAGAUUCUAUAAAUUCGAGAGUUCCCCAGUGGUCAGUUAACAUUUGAUAAAGCAUCUAUCGCCGUAUAGGUCCCGGUAUAGGUAUAGAAUAGGCCAACCCUUCUUUUUCCGUGGAUGUCGUAAGACUAAAGGAACUUAUGGUUUUUACCAGAGGGAGACUUUGUACAAAAGUCGAUUGCUUGGGUACCUCUGUCCCAUUCGUGUUUCUACUGUGAAGCAGUUGUAUUUACAUGCCUGUGUUUCGGUUUGAAGGGUGGGAUAUGUCGUGAAUUUACAGGGUACAGAGGAAUAACACCUAAGUCCUCAGGAAUGGCAACGCAUGGGGGGUAUCAUGGGCGAAACAGAAUACUCUGUUAUGUCCAUGGUACUGCUCAUGUCUAUUGGCGACGGUUACCAUUUUCCAUCAGGUGGGCCGUCAGCUUGUUUGCCAUUCUAAGUUGUAUAAAAAAAAUGGUCGAGGGAUGGGCAACAGCGUCCCUCUUAAAACAUCACCAAAGGUCUUACUGCGAUUGGCAACUUACCUGCCAAAUAUGGGGGAGACCUAUAUAUUUAGCAGUUCAUAAUAUAUGACUGGUAUGGUAUAGUAUGACAACUAUACCUUCAGAAGACGUAGAUGGCUAUUGCAUUUUUUUUUUCAUCUGGCAACAUGAUUUAUUCAGUGUCACAAACCACUAAAAUAAAAUGAAGGAAAACACCAAAACGAAUACGUGACAAUUGUUUUCGUAUGAAUAUUUACCAGUACGUACACGAGAGAAAUUUGCAAUUUUUUGCUACACGUAGUCUGUAGCCUCCCAUGGGCGCAAUCCUUUGAUUUAUAUGUAUUUCUCUCCUUCUUUGGCUGUUAUUUCUACAUUACCGGUUACGUAAAUUCAAACGUUUGUAAAAAAUAUGAUGCAUCGCUCUGCUCGUUUUUUUAUUUCUGUUACAAAUAUUCACACAAAGGGUUUAUUUUCACAUUAAUAUUUCUAACUCACUCCCCAAAUCCCACGGGUCUCUUUACAUUAUCAGUUGACUGGCGAUGAAAAAGUUUUAUAUAAUUUAACCUGGUAUUAUUUUAAUAUAUUUAAAAAUAUAUUCACCCUGUAUUAACUAUAUAUAAAUUAUGUUGAAUCCUUACUAAUAAAUGUGAAAGUGAG